AUGUCUUCCCGGCGCCAUCGACUGUCGUCAGAGCCGCCUUGUAACCCCAGUUGGCUUCCGUGCCCUGCAGCCUCCAGGAGCCACGAUGAUAUCAACUACUUGAGCCUUGCAUUCAAGGAUGCUGGAAUGGAGACUGGCUUCGCCAAGUCGCGCCAGCAGAAGUUGGCCGCAAGCAUGAUCAAGUGCAGCAUCGCAACAGGGGGUGGUUCGGGCGUGAUCCUCUUGAUGCAAAAACCUUGGGAGUCUGGCCGCGACCAUUACGUCAGCGACGAGGUCAUGCAAGUCAUGCAGCUGACGAACGUGAUGUUGGGCUCGAUCGUGAUCACCACCCUGCUGGUGUCUCUGGUAUUCUCCACCCCGUGCGUCCUCCGCAGAGCCAGCCCCGCCCUGCUGGAGAUCUUCUCUGCCUUCAUCGUCUGCCUCGCAAUGGUUUUGUUUCUGCUCAGCGUCCCCUUCUACGCCGCAAAGGCGCUGGGCAUCGACCCCGAGGAGCACCUGGAGCCCCAGUACAUCACGGACACCGGACUGCUGCUCACCAUCGACGCGCUGAUCACCGGCUCCCACAUGCUGCUGCCGAUCAGGUUCUGUUUCAUCCUGAGCGUGCAGGUCGUCGGCUUGCUCACCUACGUUGUUCCCGCCUUGACCGUCGGGGCCGCCGAGUCCAACAAUGCCUUCCGCUUGCUCACCAUCUUCGUGGUCCUCAUCGGCCUGGCUUGCACGGGCAAGCGCAGCCUGGAGCUCGAGGAGAGGAUCCAAUUCCUGACAGUGAUCCGCGAGAAGAGCUUGAGGUUCCAGUUGGACUUCCAGCUGUCAAGGUUUCAGCAGCAGGGCGCGCACACGCACCACGAGCCAUCGGAGUCAGGCAAGGACUCGUUGCCAUCAACGACGGAAUCGGGCAGAGCCUUCAGCAUGAACAAUGGCCGCAUCACCAAGGUUUUCAUGGAGGAGCUAGCGACCAUCGGAGGCAGAGAGCAGUGGCUCAUCAGGCCAGACGAGAUCACCCUCGUGCCUGGUCAACAGCUGGGAGAGGGGAGCUUUGGGAGGGUCUUCCUGGCCAGAUACCAGGGGAUCCACGUGGCGGUCAAGGUCCCAAAAAUACGCACGAAGAAGCUGUCCGAUAAUUCGCACCUGGUGGAACUGUGCAAUGAGCUACGGGUUCUCAGGCGCGUACGCCAUCCAAAUAUUGUGCUUUUCUACGGGGCGGCCUUGGACGACCAGAAUUUCGACAUGGCAUUGGUGAUCGAGUUCGUGGACGGCCUGUCCCUCCGAAGCUUCGUGCGGAGCGGGCGGAGGGACGAUGGUGACAGCUCUGGUUCCGAGCCACCAGGUGCCCUGCAGAGGUCUCAAGUUCUGGUCGACGUGGCGUGUGCCCUUGAGUACCUUCACUCGCGCACCCCUCACAUCGCCCACGGCGAUCUGAAAGACAACAACGUCUUCGUGGAGGCGGUCCGCACACGCGCCAAGGUGAGGGCGAAGCUCCUGGACUUCGGGCUGUCGCGCGUGCUGACGAGGCACGCCCAGCCCAUGGGUGGCACCUUGUCCUGGGUUGCGCCGGAGCUUCUUCGAACUGGGGGCAAGGCCACCAGCACGGCCGCCGACGUCUUCUCGUUCGGCCGCCUCGCCUUCUUCGUCAUCACCGGGCGGCUCCCUAUCCAGGGCACGGUGGCCAGGAGCGUUGACGAGAUUGUGGAGCAGCUGCUUGCACCCCUGGAGUGGCCGCCCGGCAGCUGGCUGGCCGGGAGGUGGCAGCUCACGGUGGAGCAGUGUACCCGCGGGGAGGCCGCGGCUAGACUCGGGAUGCAGCAGGUCCACAAACUUGCCGCGGACUGCCACGGCGAGUUGCUGGAGUCAGAGGGUUCGGAACUCCCGCUGAACAUCGCCCAGCUCAUCGCGGGGAACCCAGCAAACAUCAGCGAGCCGGCAACGGACACCGCGGGCGAGCUUCGGAGGUCCGAGCGUGCCCCGCCCGCCGCUGCGAGGAAGAGCGCGGUGGGCUCCAGCGACCCAAGGAGUUCGAGGAACACGCUGCCCGGCUAUGCCCGCACGCCCGAUAGCACGGCCAUCCUUGUGUUCUUGGACGCCCUCCUGACUUUGAAUUUGCAGAUCCCAGCGCAGAGUUGCUGCGAAUUCCACGGCUCUGUGAGGGCCGCGGCGCAGCUGAUUUCUAGCCUUAUCCAAAAACCUUGCAAGCAUUAUAGCUCUGUGUACAAUGAAGGAUCCCCUGUAGUCGGUCAGUGCUCUGACUGCGGGGUCCUGAUACGGCAGGGCGACAGGAGCAGCAGCGCGCUCCCGCCCAUCGUGGAGUGCCAUUUUUGUAAUCACGACCAAUCCUGGAUGGCGGUGUGA